AGUCGCUUCGAAGCCACAGAGAGAGAGAGAGCAGCUUGAGUUCUCGAAGCCUCAUACCCAGCCACAGCAGGUUGAAAAAAGGAUCUUGAAGAAGAAGAAAAAUGUCAGGUGAAGAGGUUGUUGUCGCCGCUGAGGCCCCUGCUCCAGCUCUCGGUGAGCCUAUGGACAUCAUGACAGCUUUGCAGCUAGUCUUGAGGAAAUCGUUGGCUCAUAGUGGGCUUAUUCGUGGUCUUCAUGAGGGUGCAAAAGUGAUUGAAAAGCAUACUGCCCAGCUUUGUGUAUUGGCAGAGGACUGCAACCAGCCAGAUUAUGUUAAACUUGUGAAAGCACUUUGUGCUGACCACAAUGUGAACUUGAUAACUGUUCCAAGUGCUAAGACUCUUGGCGAAUGGGCCGGUUUGUGCAAGAUUGAUUCCGAGGGUAAGGCAAGGAAGGUUGUGGGUUGCUCUAUGUUGGUUGUGAAGGAUUAUGGGGAGGAAACCGAAGGCCUUCAUAUUGUUCAGCAGUAUCUCAAGACUCAGUGAGUGACUAUCAAUGGAUACCUCUUCGAUUAGGCAUGCAUUGGAGUUUCACUAGAAACCUUGCCCCUCUUGUUGGUUUGGGAGACUGGUUUUAGGAAAUUUUUGAUGUUCUGAGUACCCUAUCUGUAGCAGUUGAAAAGAUUUUGGUUUUCACAUGUUUGCAAUUGUUUGCUUUUAUGGUACUGGCUUUUAUCCUCAAUAUCGGAUCAAAUAUGUUUGAUGUUUUGGAAUCCGAAUUCUGAUUGAUAGUC